AUGAAAGGCCUGCCCUUCACUCUCCCCCAGGCCAGAGAGAGCACCCUCAUGCCAGCCUGCUCUGCCCUGGCACCCUCCUACCUGCUGGGCUGGGGCAGCGACCACGGGCUGCUUCUGGUCGGGUGCCAGGUCGGGGGUCCAUCGGGCCACCUGCGACAAGAGCCCUGGGACCCUAGAGGCCGGCAGCCCACGGCGGGGGCGGGGCCAGAGCGCUAG